CGGUCCAAAUGACCAUCUCUAAACCAUGCAAGUCGAUAUCGGAUAAUGUCCCUGCGCACCCUCUCGAUCUAUCAAUUCUUAAAAAAGGAAGAAUCAGAAGCAGCUGCCGCAACCAUGGCAGUUUCGCUGGCUCCAAUCUCCUCCCUCUUCGUUCUCACUCAAGCAAACACAACUACGGGGAUAAGAAGUCCUCCCAUUCUCCCAAUGGCGCCCUCUUUCUUCGAAAUGAAAUUAUGGAGGAAAUACUCCACCUUGCAAAAAGUGUCCUCUCGUGGAAUUAGAGUUCCUGGUUUUUAUGGAGUUCCUAAAAGAACAUUUAUAGUAGUUCAUGCUUCUCUGGAGACUAAUGCAAGUGGAUCAGAAUUGCCACCCUUGGAAGGAUCAGACAAGCCUGUAUCAGUGGAAAGCCUUCCCUUGGAAUCAAAAAAACAAAUGUUGCUUGAGCAGAAGUUGAGGAUGAAGCUUGCAAAGAAGAUCAGAUUACGAAGGAAACGUCUUGUUCGAAAGCGAAGAAUGAGAAAGAAGGGUAGAUGGCCUCCAUCAAAGAUGAAGAAGAAUAAAAAUGUGUAGCUGGUUGUCUGGUUAACUCUGCAGGUUUGGCUCCACGUCUCUUUGGUUUUACAUUUACUGUAAUGGUUUUGCUUCUUGUUUUAUAAAUACUAUUUUUGUUGUGCUCAAUUUUAUGUAAUUGACUGAAUGAAUUAGCCAAAUUUCUUUUCUAGAAAUAAGGAAUUGCUUCUUCAUAUCA